UGCAUGUGUACUGUUUCCCCUCCCACUUUCCGCCCCCAUCACACACCGACACCCCAUAUAAAUUUCCUAAGACCCUCAUCACACACUCCAUAAACUUAAAAAAAACCUGCACCUAUUUGACAUUGUACUUCAAUCUCAAACCCCCCUUAUUAACUCCCCUUCCAUCUAGUUUCAAUUCUCUGCAACCAACCGCAUUUUUAUAUCCACUCACAAAUCAAAGCAGCAUCAUGGUACAAGCCAAAAAGUUCAGAGGAGUUAGGCAGCGCCAGUGGGGCUCCUGGGUGUCAGAGAUUCGCCACCCAUUACUGAAGAGAAGGGUGUGGCUAGGAACAUUUGAGACAGCAGAGGCAGCAGCAAGGGCAUAUGACCAAGCAGCAAUUUUGAUGAAUGGACAGAAUGCCAAGACCAAUUUCCCCAAUUCAAGGAACCAAGCUGGAGAUGCUGCAACCUCGAAUUGUGAUGAUGACUCUUUCUUAUCUCCCAAGGCACUUUCAGAGCUUCUCAGCACAAAGCUCAGAAAAUACUGCAAAGACCCAUCUCCAUCUGUCACAUGUCUGAGGCUAGAUGCUGAUAAUUCCCACAUUGGAGUGUGGCAGAAAGGAGCAGGGCCUCAUUCUAACUCUAAUUGGGUUAUGAGGGUGGAGCUUGGGAAGAAACAGAAUGAGGGACAUUCAGUUUCCACAGGUUCACCACAACAUGUUUGUAGUAAUGCUGCAAAGAGGGUGGAAGAAGAGGACAGAGUUGCUUUACAGAUGAUUGAGGAGCUGCUUAAUUGGAACUAUCCUUGUGCUUCUUCAACUUCAAGUAACUCCCAGCAGGAAGAAAAAUUGAAUCUUCCAUGUCAUGAUGGAUGAUUCUUAGAAUAGCAACCCCAUUUUCUGCUAUCUUUUUUCAUGUACCUUUUGUCUUCUGUUACAAAUUUAGUCCAGUGAUGAUAAUUGCCUCUUUGAUAGUUACUUAUGCAAUAUUGUGAUUGGGAUUUAGGAAGCAUAAGAAUUUGGAUCAAAUAAGGAAGUUGAAAUUGAAAUUGUGAAAAAAAAAAAGAAUUUAAUCUGUCAA